UUCUUUACAACUUUCCUAUUCUCUCCUCCUGCACCACCCUAUAAAUACUCCUUUACUCUCCUGCCCUAAACCAUCCUUUUUUUCUUUCCUAUUUUGUUUGCCCUAUUUUUAUCUGGCAUAUGUCUCAAAGACGAAACGUCCCCCAUUCUUCUUCUUUUGCUUUUAGCCUCCAUUCCCAUUUCCACAUCUCCAGCAACCUGAAACCCAACUGGUAACGGGAAAAACCUUUAAUCUAUCAAAAUAAUCAAAAUCAUAUCAUGGGUGUGAAGGGUUUUGUUGAGGGAGGUAUUGCAUCGAUUGUUGCUGGGUGCUCCACUCACCCUAUGGAUCUAAUCAAGGUCCGUAUGCAGCUCCAAGGCGAAAACUUACCCAACCCACAGGCUCACAAUCUCCGCCCUGCCUAUGCCCUUAACUCCGCCGCGAUCCCUCAUAAUUCCAUCCAUGUCCCUCCCCCACCAACGCGUGUGGGUCCAAUUUCUGUCGGCGUCCGCAUCAUCCAGUCAGAAGGCGUCGCCGCUCUCUACUCCGGCGUCUCCGCCACCGUCCUCCGCCAGACUCUCUACUCCACUACCCGUAUGGGACUCUACGAUGUUUUGAAGCAGAAAUGGACCAAUCCGGAGACAGGAAACAUGCCGUUGUUGAGCAAAAUAACCGCUGGUUUGGUCGCCGGAGGGAUCGGAGCGGCUGUUGGCAAUCCAGCUGACGUGGCAAUGGUUAGAAUGCAAGCUGACGGGCGUUUACCCGUGUCCCAAAGGCGGAACUAUAAAAGCGUGAUUGACGCCAUCACGAGAAUGUCGAAGCAGGAAGGCGUAACUAGCCUGUGGCGCGGGUCAUCUCUUACGGUGAACCGCGCGAUGAUUGUCACAGCAUCGCAAUUGGCAUCGUAUGAUCAGAUAAAGGAAAUGAUCUUGGAGAAUGGAGUGAUGGGGGAUGGGCUAGGGACUCAUGUGACGGCGAGUUUUGCUGCCGGCUUUGUGGCGGCGGUGGCAUCGAAUCCGGUGGAUGUGAUUAAGACCAGGGUAAUGAAUAUGAAAGUGGAGCCAGGGCAAGCUGCGCCUUACAGAGGAGCUAUUGAUUGCGCAAUGAAGACCGUGAAAGCUGAAGGGGUUAUGUCUCUUUAUAAGGGCUUUAUACCUACAAUUUCAAGGCAGGGUCCUUUUACUGUGGUUUUGUUUGUGACUCUUGAGCAGGUUAGAAAGUUGCUCAAAGAAUUCUAGUUAGUUGAUGACGAUGAUGACGACGAAGAAGAUACUAAGUUUGGGCUAUCGGUAUAAUUAUUAGUGUUAUUGCUAUUAAGAUGAUAAUAAUUAAAAAAAAAUUAAUGUACCGUUAAUCUUUAUUAAUCUGAGGAGUUUAUUGAAAAAUGUUUUUCCUAA